AUGGCGCAAGCAAGCGUCGCAGUCGACGGCUCGCCUGUCGCUGUCUUCCUCGACUCGACCGCCCCCUCGAACCGCCAUGUCUUCCUUCGCCCGCCGCCUGCGCUUCCAGCCGCUUCUCUUCAGCUGGUAAAGGAAACGUUGGAUGUGUUAGCUGGUCAGAUUAGCGACCAGCAGCAGUCGAGGCUACGAGAGUCGGGCAAGAAGCGGAAGAGGGAUGGCACCCAGCAGAAUGCCGCCCCGUUGAAGAUCAGGAAGUUGCACAUCGAGGGCUUCGACACAAGCCAGGUGUGGCAGCAGGCCAAGAAGAUCAUUGCAAGCGCGCUGCAAGAGUCAAACCAAGUGCUCACAGAACUUGAGGAAGACCACGAGCUCGAGCAGGUCACCGGCGAGGACGCGGAGAAGUCCAAAGUCAUCGAGUUUGGUGAGGAUGGAUUUGAGGUCGCGUCUGGGGAAGAUGGAUCCGCUAGUGAGCCCUCUGACGAAGGCAGCGAGGCGGACACUGAGGAAUCGGACGAAUCAGACGAUGAAGGCGCCAGCCUUGACAAUGAAGACAGUGGGCUAUUGGAUUUCGAGGCGGAGGAAAAUAGCGACGAAGAGGGCGAAGGGGAUGGAGAAGAGGUAGAGAGUGAAGAUGAGGAUAUUGAGGGUGAGGAUGGGAAAGAUCGCGAGGACGACGGGACAGAAGAAUUCGUUCAGGAUCCCUUCGGCCUCAAUGACGGGUUUUUCUCAAUAGACGACUUCAACAAGCAAACCCAAUGGUUUGAAGAUCAGGAUGCGCGCGCAGACCCCAACACGGACCAUGUCAGCGAUGAAGAGUCGAUCGACUGGCAUGCGGAUCCCUUCUCGCUAUCACAGAAACCUGGCAUGAAAGGGGCAGAUGAUGUCGAUGAUGAUGACAGAUCGGACGUGGAUAUGGACGAAGACGUGGACGAGGGCGCGCCUUCGUUCAGCAAGAAAGAACUGGAAAAUAUGGAUGAUGAGAGCGACGAUGAUGUCGGAGUCAAUGGCCUGCAAAACGAUCUAAACGACAUGGCUCUAGACCUGAACGCCAAUGACAUCUUCUACAAAGAUUUCUUCGCUCCACCGCCAAAAAAGAAGAAGCCUGGGAGCGCCCGGAAGCCUCGAACCUUAGCCGAGCCUUCGAGGCCAGCGCAGGAGGAUGUCGAAAGGGCAGAGAACGACGUCCGCCGCGACCUCUUUGAAGAUUUAUCAGAGCGGUCCGAUUCCGAGGACCCUCUGUCAGACGUCUCGGCCGGUGAUCCCAAAUCGCGAAGGUCAGCUCAUGAGAGGAGGCAGGCCAAGCUGGCUGAGGAGAUCCGUAAGCUCGAGGCCGAGCUUGUGGCCAAGCGGGCUUGGACCCUCGCCGGUGAGGCAGCAGCAGUGGACCGACCGGUCAACUCUUUGUUGGAAGAGGAUCUGGAGUUUGAGCACGUCGGAAAACCUGUUCCCAUCAUCACGGAAGAAGUCUCCGAGACCAUCGAGGAACUCAUCAAGCGCCGUAUUCUUGCCCAUGAGUUUGACGAGGUGCUUCGUCGGCGACCAGACACGCUCGGCAAUCCUCACAACGCUCGGCGCGGGCUGGUGGACGUUGAGGAUACCAAGGGCAAGCAAAGUCUAGCCGAAAUUUACGAGGAGGAGCAUGUCAAGAAGGCGAACCCCGGCGCCUACAUCAGCCAGGCUGACGAGAAGCUGCGGCGCGACGAGGAAGAAAUCAAAAACAUGUGGAAAGAAAUAAGUGCCAAGCUGGACGCCCUCAGCAGCUGGCAUUACAAACCCAAGCCGGCGGCGCCGACUCUCACUGUUGUUGCCGACGUUGCCACGGUCGCCAUGGAGGAUGCACAGCCUACGACUGCCCAGGGCGUGGCGGGAGGCGAGAGCAUGAUCGCGCCGCAGGAGGUGUAUGCGCCGGGCAAGGACACGGCUGAGAAGGGCGAGGUGGUUGCCAAGAGCGGUCUGCCGGUAGCCCGGCAAGAAAUGAGCCGCGAGGAGAAGCUGCGUCGGCGUAGGCGCGAGAAGGAGAGGAUCCGCAAGGCUGGCGGAAUCGACGCAAAGAAGCCCGUUAGCAAGAAGGCCCAGGCUCAGCGGCAGACCUUGAACGAUCUGAAAACGGGCGGGGUCAAGGUCAUAAACCGCAAAGGCGAGGUGGUGGGCCUGGAUGGGAAAAAGGUGGUUGAGCAAAAGGGGCAUCAAUCUAGCGGUGCAUUCAAGCUGUGA